AGCAUCGUCACUUCCGCUCCGGGCCUCUUUGUUGCGCUGUUGUGUGUCGAGUCGGGCUGCACUCGGUCGGCGGUGUUGCUGCUGCCGUUUUCCAGUUUAACCUUUUGGGGGUGGAAAAAGGAAUGGGAAAGAAGACACGGACGGGAACGGGUCGCAGGACCAUCCUCCAGCUUUCGCCACCGGGGCCUCGCGGUUUCCCUGCGGGCGGCGCCGGCUGUCGUGAAGAGGGUGCCGGAUCCGGUUCGGAAGAUGAGCAGGAUGGGAGUGGAGAUGCGUCUCACCCUCAGAUCUCUAAAGACAACCUUAUGGAAACCAAGCCUCCAUCUGUGAAAGCUACAGGGGGCCUUUCCUUGCUGGGGGCCUACGAAGACAGCGAGGAAGAGGACGGUGCCGAUUCACAGCCCGCUCCCUCAAACGCCAACCACAACCAGUCUGCGGAUAUUGACAGCACCCUCGCCAACUUCCUGGCCGAGAUCGACGCCAUCACAACGCAGCCAGGCCAGGCCGCGGAGCGCACCACAGUAGCUUCCUCAGCCCCAGCGCCCACCCCACCUCGCCCUGACCCCAAAGAUCAGCCCCAGACCCCCAGACACCCUGCUGGCCAGACCGGGUGUGAGGAGGCAGGCACAGGGGCAGAGUUUCAGUAUGACACCCAGUACUCGCUGGUAGGAGUGGGCGUGGAGAUGGGAGACUGGCAGGAGGUCUGGGAUGAGAACACGGGGUGUUACUACUAUUGGAACACCCACACCAAUGAGGUCACCUGGCAGCUCCCCCAUUACCUGGCGCACCAGGUGCAGGACCUGCAGCAGUACCCUGACAGUUCCAGUGUGGCAGUCAACGGCACCAGUACGACACAGAGCGGCGGUUUUUACUCCGAGCAGAACUCGACAGUCCCCGCCGCUGUGCCAGCCGUCAAGAAAGAAGUCAAAAAGGAAGUAAUGGAGAGUGUGGUGGCCCUGACCAGCGAGGAAGAGGAGAGGCAAGGGGUCGCCGCGUCCCUGCUGGCUCCCCUCAUCCCGGACGAGGUGAAGGAGGCUGAGGAGCGAUGGAGGAAGAAGGUCAUCUCCGUGGUGGAGGGCAAGCAGGAGUCUGGGGAGGGGGAGGGGCAGCCUGUGGAAGACCCCGCCCCCGCGGAGGCGGACGCCCAUUCCCAGGGUGACCCCCGCAGCAACGCCCAAUCAGGAGAGAGCUCAGAAGGGGAAGCGGUGGAGGAGGAGGAAGAGAUGGAGGAAGAUACCAUCGAGCUGGAGUUGGCGCUAGAGAGGAAGAAGGCAGAGCUGCGCGCCCUAGAGGAGGGGGAUGGUAGUGCCGGAGGCUCCAGCCCCUGUUCCGACGUCAGCCAGGAGGGCGGCCGCAGCGCCCUUCUCAGGAAGCCCAAGUGGAAGACGUCUUUCCUGCGCUCCGCCAGCCCGGAGUCCAACAGCCGCGGCUCGGAGAAGGCAGGGAGGAAUAGCCCAGACCCCCCCGACACCGCACAUUCCAAGUUGAAUGAGAAGCAAGAGGAGGACGAGCAGGUGGAAGCAGAGGUCUCCGUGGAGAAGCCCAAACCCAGACCGGUCCCCAAGGAGGAGGAGGAGACGGCGGAUCUCAAGUUUCAGAUUGGAGAGCUUGCAAACACCUUAACCAGCAAAAUGGAAUUUCUGGGGAUUAACAAAAAGACCAUAUCUAACUUCCAGCUGCUGCUCUUGCAGACAGAGACUCGGAUCACAGACUGGCGAGAAGGAGCUCUGAAUGGAAAUUAUCUGAAGCGCAGGCUUCAAGAAGCUGCCGAACAGAUUAAACAUUAUGAACUUAACGCCACACCUAAGGGCUGGCUCUGCCACUGGGACAGAGAACACAGACGGUAUUUCUAUGUCAACGAUCAGACCAGCGCCUCGCAGUGGGAGUUUCCCGACGUGGACGGGGAGAAGGAGGCUGAAGGAGGGGGCACCUCUGGUCCUGCCGAGCACAGCUCUGUGGUCCCUGGCGACUUGAAACCACCGCCUGAACCCCCGGGGGUCUAUACAGGUGCCAGCAGUUUCAUGGGCCUUGCCCCUGUGCAGCAGGGGAUGGCCUCUUACUGGACCCUGACCCAGCCCCCACUCCCGCCGCCCACUGACCCGCCCCUGCCUGACGAGUGCCCCCCUCCCCCACCGCCGCCCCCGGACUCGCCGCCCCCGCCCCCUCCGCCACCCCUCAGCGAGGACGGGGAGAUUGAGGAAGUGGAGAUGGAGGACGAGGACGGGGAGCCUCCCGCUCCAGGGACUGAGGAAGAGGCCAGUCGCAAGCCCGCUCAGCCCACGGCGGGGUCCACUGCCAAGCCCUGCGAGCCGGCCCGCCCGCCCAGCCCGCCGGCGAAGGCAGUGAAGCGGAGGGCGCCGAGCUCCGCCCCCGGCCCCGCCCAGAAGACCGUCACCAUCGGCAGCAGCCCCAUCCUGUACAGCCAGCCCGCCGUGUCCGCAGGUCCUAUGAUGUCUGCCCCUGUUUACUGGGGGGUCUCGGCGGUGGCAGUCCCCACGCCACCCGCUGAGACGGGGGCCCCUACUGGCCCAGCGCCCCCCUCUCAGCCUCCUCCUCCUGCCCCGUCAUCCAGUGUUGCUGACCAGGCUGCAGGCAAAAUGCAGGCCAUGGAGAAAAUGAAAAAAGUGAAAAAGGACAAGGCAAAGAAGAGCAAGACGAAGAUGCCGUCCCUGGUGAAGAAGUGGCAGAGCAUCCAGAAGGAACUGGACGAAGAGGAGAAAUCGAGCUCCAGCGACGAGGACCGCGACCAGCAGAACCAUAAGCGCAUCGAGGAGUGGAAACAGCAGCAGCUCGUCACCGGCAAAGCUGGGAAAAACGCCAACUUCGAGGCUCUUCCUGUGGACUGGAGAGACAGACUGAAGAGAAGGAAAGUUAUGCAGAGCUCCUAGCCUGGACUCCCGCGUUCUUUCAUACAGUGCUCCCGGAACAUCUUUGCCAGUUUACACGGACUUUGAAAACCGUUUUUGUAAGUUUAGAAAAUGGCCAAAGCUUAAAAGUGAACAGCGUGCGCUGAGGCCGAGUUGAAACUGCCUUCUUUUGUAGGGGGGGGAGGGGUAUUUUUUGUAAGCUCUUGCGUCAGUGUUUCUCGGAGGAGGGGGCAGGACUGGGUCAGGUGGAUCAGUUUUGACGUCGAAAGCCAUGACCUUCCCAGCCCCCCCCCACCACCUCCUUCUGCCUGGUUGCCUGGUUCUGCCAUUGAGAUUUCCAGAUGUAAAGGUGGAAGUCGGCAAACCGCAGGAUUUCCACGGACUGAGGGAAACAGAGCGCAUUUUGUGGUAGCGGGGCAAAGGCACAGGGGCCCUUGACAGGCCCCUGUGCAGGUCCAUACUGGCAAAGGGAGAAAUCGUUCCCAUCCAGUAUGGCAAAAAGACAGAGAAGUACUUUCUGAAAAAUCAUGGAUUUUUAACUACUUCAGUUCUAUCUGUUUACUUUUUUCCAGUUUUUGUCCACUUUUUAUUCUGUGCUCCGGAGGUCCUGCUGUGUUUUAAUGCUGACCGUGAAAGACUGUUGCCCAAUAUAUAUUUUUUUUUAGUAAGGUUUAGCUACAGCUGUGUUAAACCAAUUGUGUCCUUCUAUAAGGAGAAGAAAAAAAAAGUAUUUCAUUUAAGGCAUUUCAUUUUGUUUUGUUUUUUUAUUUGCAAAACAGCGGGGGUGUUUUUUGCAAAGCGGGGUGUCCGUUUCACUUCUGUGGGAUUAUUCCCCUCUGACCCAAGACUUUUGAAAGCCGGAUUGCCAUGGAGCUUGUCUCUGGCGAGGUUAUCAAAGGCUUCGUUUCCACAACGGGGAUGGGGAGGGAAUGAGUUGGGCUCUUCAGGGUGAGCUUUACACCAGAGCUCAUUCCUCUUACAGGGGUUUGUUUCCACAAGUGGCCAUAGCCCAGGAGGUGUGCAGGGUUUCUGCUGUCCUGUUCUCACUGCAUUUUGAUGCUUUGUGUUGAUUAUCGUGGGGGUACGGGGGGGGGUCUUUUCUAACCCCUGCUCUAAAAUCUGUGGUGCAGCAUCUCUGAGGACUUUGGGGGGGGAGGGGUUGUGUGCCAGUUUAAUUGCAGCUGUGUUCUCCCCGUGAAACGCAUUCACUCUGCUGGCCUGCACGUUGUGCCCAACCUGCCAAUUUCUAGAUACUAAGCAUCAGCCUUUGGGUUUGCUUUGUUACCCCUCCCCCUCCCCCCCUUCCAACUUUCAGCACUCUGCUCUGGGGGUUUUGAAUACACUCACGCCUUUGUACAUUUUGUAAAUAAGUAUUAAACUUUUUUUUAAAAAAA